AUGGAGAAGUGUUACAGAGUACAUGGUUACCCACCUGACUUCAAAUUCACCAACUUUAAGGGUAAGAAGGUUGUUGCUAAUGCAGAAAUCACUACUUCUGGUCCUGAAGUUGCUCAGUCUCCCUCUGGUGUUCCUAAUGAUCUUGCUUCCAUGCUUGCUGGUUUGAGCAAAGAGCAGUGUGAUCAAGUUAUGCAUAUGAUGCAGUCAGCCCACCUGUCAUUAGAUUCUCACUCUAGCCUCUUGGCCUCUGCUCAUUUUGCUGGUAUAGUUCCUCCUAUAGAUAGUUGUAUAGGCAAAAUUUCUUAUGGUGCAUGCAUGAUCACUAAGGUAGACAAGUGUAUUUGGAUUAUAGAUUCUGGAGCCACUGACCACAUGACAUCCAAUUUAGAAUUACUUUUUGAUAUUCAACCUCUAGUUAUCCCUUAUUUAGUUAGUCUUCCCAAUGGAUACAAAGUUAAAGUAACUUCUACUGGAUCAAUCAAGUUCCUUUCUCUUACUCUGCAUCAUGUUCUAUUUAUACCUAAUUUUCAAUACAACCUCAUUUCUGUUUCUAAGCUUAUCUGUCAGUUGGAUUGUUUUGUAUUGUUUACCAAAAUCUCAUGCAUUAUACAGGCCUCUUCACUAGAGAUUGGUAAGCUGCAAAAUGGUCUGUAUAAGCUUCUGCAAGCAUCUGCUCCUUCAUCUGGUGAUACUAGUAGUUCUUCUUUACAUGUUGCUUCUCAAUGUAACUCUUCUUUUCCAGUUCCUUCUAGUUUAAUUAACCCUGAAUGUAAUGCUUCAUCUGCUAUGAAUAAAACUGAGAUUCUGUGGCAUAAUAGACUUGGUCAUGUACCUUUUGUUAGGAUGAAGGACAUUACUCAACUUCCCUGUAGAUUCUCAUCUAAGCAGUCCUAUAUUUGCUCCAUUUGCCCUCUAGCUAGGCAGUCUAGACUACCAUUUCCUGAUAGCUCCAUUAAAACCACCAAUCCUUUCCAACUUAUUUAUGUAGAUACCUGGGGUCCUUAUAGCACUCUAAUAUAUGCUGGACAUAAGUACUUUCUGACCAUUGUUGAUGAUUUUACUAAAGCAACCUGGAGCCACUUUAUGGGGUCCAAGAGCAAUGCUUUUCCUUUAAUUCAACCUUUCAUUGCUAUGGUCAACACCCAAUUUCAUGCUUCUAUUCAGACCAUUAGAACUGAUAAUGCCCUAGAGCUGGGUUCUAGCAAUUCAGCUAGUCAAUUUUUCCUUGACCAUGGUUAUAAACUCUACAACUUAGUGACCAAACUUAUUUUGAUUUCUAGAGAUGUCAUCUUCCAUGAAUCCAACUUUCCUUUUGCUUCUCUUCCUUCCACCUUUCAUCCUCAUUCUGCCCCUUUCCCUCCAUAUUCCUACCAUGAUUCACCUGUCCUACCAUCUGUUCCUCUUCCUGCUGAUCCUAAUAUUACCUCUUCUACUAGUGUCAACCCUCCUCCUUUAAGGAGAUCUAGCAAAUCUCAUACUUUACCAUCUCACCUUACUAAAUUUCAUUGUGAUCUUCCUUCUUCACUUUGUGGCUCUAGCUCUAGUUCAAUUUGCACUAGUCACUUAGAUGCUCCUGCUGUUUUGGAACCUCAUUUUUACAAACAGGCAGCCUUGAUUCCAGCUGGUGCCAUGCGGCUGAGUUUGAGGCUUUACAGUCCAAUAACACUUGGUCCAUAG